CAUUUCUUCGUUGUUUACUUUGGUGAAUGGCUGAUGAAAGUGUAUUUGUGCAUUACUUGCAGAUAUUAAGCUAUGAUAAAGUGUAAUUAGAAAUUAUAGUUGGGCUAAUGAAUCCUCGAUAUUUGGCCAUUUUUCAGAAACAAUUCAAAAUGAUUUAAUUACAAGUAUUAAUGCAAUAAUUACAGAAGUUGUUGAAGCAGAAAUUAAACAGGCGGCAUGUUACUCAUGGCAAGUAGAUGAAACAACGAAUGCCUCUUAUUUUCCUCAAUUGUCCGUAAUAUUCAGGUAUACAUUUCAAGGAAAUAUUGUUGAACGUUUUAUGGGAUUUUUUAAUGUUAGCGAGGGCCAUCGACAUGAAGAUUUAUUUAACCUUUUGACAACCAAAUUUGAGAAAUUUGAUAUUUCAAGUAAAUUAAUUGGACAAACAUAUGACGGUGCAUCCAUCUUGUCUGAACAAUUAAAUAAUAUGCAAGUGAAAGUCAAAGAAAUUGCUCCACAGGCUUUAUUUAUACAUUGUUACGCACAUAGAUUAAAUUUAAUAUUACAAGAUGCUGCAAGUCAAAUUAAAGAAUGUAAAAUAUUUUUUGCAAAUUUAGUUGGUAUUUCUUCUUUUUUCUCUAAAUCUACUAAAAGAAGAGAAGUUUUGGAUAAUGUUUGUAAGCGAUACCUUCCAAAUUCUUCAGACACACGAUGGAAUUUCAAAUCUAGGUUAAUUACUACAAUUUUAAAUAAUAGAGACAAUUUAAUAGAAGUUUUCGACACUAUUGUAAAUAGUGAAGAUUUUCAGAGAGAUCAUGAUACAAUACGUGAAUCUGUGGUAUCGAAAUCAAUGUUAAAUGAUUUUAGUUCUUUAUUUUUACUACAUACGUUCAAUUUAAUUUUUCAACAUACCGACAUUAUCUUUUCAGUAACUGAAAAUAAAUUAUCUGAUAUUUCAUAUUGCAUUAAUAUAAUAGAAUCACUUCUUUCAACAAUAAAAAAAUACAGAAUAGAGGAAAGUUAUUUCGCAAAUAUAUUCAGUGACGUUGUUGAUAUAUUAGGACCUCCAUUAAAGAAAAUAAAAACUGAAGGCCCAGAAGAUAACGGAAAUACCUACUUUAGAUGUGUCUUUAAUGAAAUACUGGAUUUAGUAAUAUAUCAAAUAGAUACUAGAUUUAAGAAUUUUAAAUUAUUAAAAUUUUUCAGUCUUUUGGACACCACGAAAUUUAAAUAUUUUGAAAGAAAUUUCCCCCAACCUGCAUAUGAUUUACUUACUUCUAUUUAUCCUAAUCUGUUUGAUAAAACAAAGUUGCAAAAUGAGCUGAGAAUUUUAUAUUCAGAUCCAAACCUUUUGGGUGAAUCAGCAAAUGAGACCUUCCAAAAUAUGUUAAAUUUUAUUUACAGUAAUGCUUUGCAAGAUGAUCUUUCCGAAGUAACUAAGUUACUUUCUGUAAUAGUAUCAUUACCAAUUACAUCUGUGCCUGUCGAAAGAAAUUUUUGCAUACUAAAAAGGAUUAAAAAUGUUUGUAGAAAUUCGAUUAACAGUAUAAGUAAUUUUGCAACAAUUGCAAUUGAAAAAGACCUUGUUAAAUCACUUCAAAAGGACUCAAAAUUUUACGAAAAAGUAAUAGAUAAUUUUGCUUCACAGAAAAUCAGGGAAAUGGAACUGAUGUAUAAAGUCUUAUAAUGGGUUUACCUUGAAUCGUAUUGUCAUUACUUUAUUAUGUUUUUUGUAUUAUUUUAUUUCCAUAGUGAAUUUUACUCUAUGGGCCGAAUUUAUUUCUUAUAUAUAAAAAAUUCAUGUAACGUAAAAUCAACAAUUAUAAAUGCAAAUUAAACAAAAAUAACAGUUUAAACAAUUUUAUUAUAAUUAAUUCACUUUGUAACUUCGAAGUAUCAACGGCUUACAAUGUUUCACUUCUGAGUAUAAAAGCUUAAGCGUGAAAUUUCAUAAAACAUUUGCACUUGGAACUUCUUUUUGCAGCAUCCUUUCAUCUUUUUACACGUUUUGUACUGGAAGUAUUGUAUUUGCUCGUAUUUUUUUCUAAUUGCUUAUCUACAGAACACAGGAAACAGGACACCCUCUUUUCCUACUGAUUCCUUUGUGCUCCUGACAAACAAAAUGCAAUGUCAGUUUUAAAUUCCAAGAAAGUAUAUUUACGCUUGGGGCUCAUAGAAUGCCAUGAAUAAUUUCUUUUAUAUAACAGUCAAACAUUCACCACCGUUAAAUCUAAUAGAUGAAAUGUUAUGCAAUGGUACCAUUUCCUUGAUCGGAUUUUUAUUUGAUACACCGCUAUCAAUGAAUCGACAAGUUUACUUCACCCAUGUAUUGGUUGUAAUGCAUAUCUUUACUAUAUUUGGACGUUCCAUGUCAAUUUUCCUUUUCAUUUUUCUGUCCCACUUUGUCACUACGUCUAUUGGCUCUGCUCCACAAAAUGUGCCCAUUAAAUGAACAGCCUUUUUGUCGUAUCACUUAAUCGCAUCUAGGUAUAGUGCUCGUACAUGUCGCUGUACUAGAGUAAUACUAGGAUAUCUUGAAAAACUGAAAUUAGAGAAAAUCCAGGUUUAAGUUUCUUUGGUCCAUUACUUAAAUAUAUUCAAAUAUUGUAUUGACAAUAAAUAAUAAAUAAGUAAUAA